AAAGAUCCGCAUAUUUCCGAUGUCUCAGACGACGAUUUCAGUAACGGAGGAAAUAUUUCGCAAACAAAUGAGCUUAACGAUGAAGAAGAAGUGCCUUCAGGACUUGACAACAUUGCAGUUCCCUUUGAGUAUUUUACAAAGUUUUUUCAUUUGAUCUAAUGGAUUAAAUAGUCUGUCAGACAAGUCUUUAUAGUACUCAGCAACUUGGGCAAUGUAUUGAUACAAAUCCGUCAGAAAUAACGGAUUUUCUAUAUAUACUCUUGAUUAUGGGUGUAAUAAAACUUCCUGCCAUAGAAGAUUUUUGGGCAGCUAGUAUAAGAGUAGAU